AUGGGUCCAUUGGUUGUUGUCACUAAAGUAUCAAAUCUUAUUCAUUUCAUGGAUCCAAAUACAUUACAAACCGGUGAAAUUAGUGCUCUCACUUUUGGAAUUCCCCAUUCAGAGCAUUAUCUUCAUACAAACAAUUGA